CACUGUGCACAUCAGCUGGGGCGGUGCCUCUCUAUAAAAGCACCGCUCCACUUCUGCCCAACUUCUGACCAUUCCCAUCUGUUCUCAUCCCACAUCGUCCUUCCAGACACGUCGAAACCCGCUCCUGCAACCAUGCCUUCUGAACUGGAGACCGCCAUGGAGUCCCUCAUCACUGUGUUCCACCGUUACGCCUCCAAGGACGGCAAAGGGACGCUGAACCGCAGAGAACUAAGGGAACUGAUGGAGAACGAGUUAUCCACCUUCCUAAAAUCCCAAAAGGAUCCUGCUGCUGUUGACAAAAUAAUGAAGGACUUGGACGCCAACGGUGAUGGCCAAGUGGAUUUUGAGGAGUUUGUUUCUCUGGUUGUUGGACUUUCCAUUGCCUGUGAGCAGUGCUACCAGUUGCACAUGAAGAAACAAACAAAGAAGUAAAAGAUCACAGUAGAAGAGAGGAGAAAAGAUCUCAAGUCAUUUCAGUUUCUGUUGUUCUGUCCAUUAAAUGUUCCAAAGAAUUUCAAAC